UCCGCCCUCGCUUUUCUUAUUCAUUCUUGCCCUUCUCCGACGGGACAAGUGUCCGGGAGCCGUGUGCGGACCUGGAUUGUGCUGUAGCCACUUCGUGCCCUCUCCGUGCCCGCUCCGUGCCCGCUUUGCCCCGCUCCGUGCCCGCUCACCAUGAGCCGCUCCCGUCGGCGCCGGCUCCCCGCGCUGCUGCUGCUGCUGCUCACGCAGGUGGCCACUUUGGUAACCGGUGGUGUCAUUCAGAGGAGGGACAGCUCAGAUCUCUUGAAUCCAGGCUGGGGAGGGAGAGAUGGUUGCUACAAGAAUGGUGCUGGUCUCAAUUGCCAGAAGUGCCCUGCAGGCACCUACCUUGCAGAAGAGUGUAAAGAACAGAACAGCUCUAGCAAGUGUGAGCCCUGUGGAGACGGGGAGUACAUGGAAUAUCCAAAUGCCUUCUCAUCCUGCCAGGAGUGCUCCAAGUGCAGGGAAGAUCAGGUGCAGCUGAGUCCCUGCCAGCCCACCAGGAACACGGUGUGUGCCUGCAAGGAUGGCACCUUCUGCCCCCCGGAGCACCCCUGUGAGAUGUGCCAGAAGUGCCAGCCCAGGUGGGUCCAGUGGCCAUGGUGGCUCCUGGGGGAUCCCCUGGAGCUGCAGGUGCUGAGCCCACCCUGUGUCCCCUUUCCCAGGUGUCCUGAGGGCCAAGUGAUGCUGAAACCCUGCACACCUGACAGCGACCUGCAGUGUGGUCCUGCCAUGGAUAGCAGCACCCUCGGUAAGGGGGGCAUCGGGGACACCGUCGGGGUGAUUUUAGGGAUACUUUCCAUCUUAUUAAUUGGGCUCGGCGUCUGGAAACUCUGCUGCAGCUCCUCAGGGGAUGGGAGAUCCUCGAGCAAGGGACUCAGAUGGGUGAGGUCCAUGUUUGAAAAGCUGCCGUGGUGCAAGAGUGUGAACGUGGAGUCAAGAGACAACAACACCAACGAGGAGCGUGACCCAGAGACACAGCCAUGGGUGACGCCACCACCGCCACCGAGCGUGAGACCCAAGAGGCCACGGAGUGAGAGACGCGAGUGGAAUCUGUUUCCAGCGCCAGGGGAUGAGCCUGGUCAAAGUAAAGCUGGGGAUGUGCUGGGGGCUGAGAUUCCUGUCGCAGCUGCCUUGGCUCUGAACUGUCCCCUUCCCCCUCCAGGGCUGCGGAGCUCCUAUUACAUCUUUGCUAAAGCCAUCCGCAAGGACAACUGGAAGAAAUUCGGGCGCUGCCUGAAGCUGGAGGAGAACGACAUCGUCAUGACCGAGACAGACGAUGAUUUCUAUGAAAUGCUCUUCAGGUGGCAGAACAGGGAGGGCUACAAAGCCUCUGUGAACACUCUGCUGCAGACCCUGGACGACCUCUGCCUCAGCGAUGCAGCAGAGCGUGUCUCCUCCAUUCUGCUCCAGAGGGGACUUUUCCAGGUGGCAGCUGAAGGGAGCAGUGAACAGGCUGCACCUCCCUCCAAGCUACAGCCACUGAUUACCUCCCGGAACACUUGAAGUUUAAUUGUUUAUAGUUCUCCUUUGGCUUCCCUGCUUUUGAAGCCAUCUCAGAACUCAGCAGAGCCAGGAGAAGCUGAUGCUCAUGAGAAUACGAAGCUCAGGGUGAUCCCUGCUGGAGCUACAGGUUCAAUGUUGGUGCUUCCUCAUGGAACUCGGGCUGGUUUCUGAUCUCACUGGUCAAUGCAAAAAGCUUCAAAUCAUUUCAAGAUGCCAACGGUACUGCAUCAGCACACAGUGAAGGGUUUUUGCAGGGUUUUUUGGUGUCCCUGUGCAUUUGAACUGGAUCAUCCUUCUCAAGGGAUUCCUGACAUCAUGAAAUGGCUUCUGCUUCUAGAACACCUCAGAAAAAGCUUCGCUUUGCAUGCUUGGUGGCUCUGCAAGCUGAGCUGGGACCUUGGGUUAUUUUUU